AUGGCCUUUGGCGAAUCUCUUCAUGACGUGGUCCGAGACGCCCCCUUGGGACAGCUCGUGCGCCUUUUCACCAACAAUCGCCUUUUCCAAUACCCGGAAGAACGGCCGGACUUCAAGCUUCCCGAGCCAUGGAUCCGUAUGCUAAGCGACGCAGACAUCGACAGGACAGCUCGGCCUGAGCUAGCUAUGCCCUCAACCAUAUCCAACUUGAACGUGGUAGAGGUGGUGGAGGACAGCAACGCGGCCGAACUGGAUAUCGAGAGCAAGGAAUUUCCUGAAGGCAAAUCUACCCGUCUGACGCCAAAAAUUACCAAAGACGGUAGUAUUUUAGUCGAUUGGUACUACGAACAAGAUAUCGCUAACCCGCACAAUUGGUCUAACCUGCGCCGUGCGCUCCUCGCCUUGAUUAUAUGCCUCUAUACAUUUGUGGUAUACCUGAGUUCAGCCAUCUACUCAUCAUCAACCCAAGGUGUCAUGGAGAAGUUUGGCGUUAGCAAUCUCAAGGCAACUCUUGGUCUCGCCAUGUACGUGCUGGGAUAUGGCGUUGGCCCACUGCUCUUUUCACCUCUCAGUGAGAUCCCUCGCAUCGGUCGCAAUCCUAUCUAUAUCAUCACCUUCGCCAUAUUUGUUAUCCUCUCUAUUCCAACAGCCCUAGUGAAUAAUUUUCCAGGCCUUAUUGUCUUGCGCUUCUUGCAGGGUUUCUUCGGGUCACCUUGUCUGGCAGCAGGUGGUGCUUCGAUGAGUGAUAUGUAUAGCAUGAUAAAUCUGCCCUUUGCAAUGAUUGCCUGGGUGGGCGCCAUGUCAUGUGGGCCCUCUUUCGGCCCUCUCCUCAGUGGAUUCGCCGUGCCAGCGGAAAACUGGCGUUGGUCUCUAUACGAGUCUAUCUGGGCAUCGGCACCGGUGCUUAUCGCACUCUUUAUCUUUAUGCCCGAAACGAGUGGCCCUAAUAUCCUCUUACGCCGCGCCCAACGGCUACGCAAGCUUACCGGCAGUCAGAAAUUAAUGUCCCAGAGCGAGAUUGACCAAAGUCACAUGAAUGUCUCGAGUAUUGCUAUAGAUGCCUUGAUUAAGCCGUUAGAAAUUACCAUAAAAGACCCAGCCGUUUUGUUUGUGCAGGUCUACUCGGGUAUUGUAUAUGGCAUCUACUAUUCCUAUUUUGAGGUGUUUCCACUUGUCUUUCCCGUUUACUACGGUAUGAAUCUAGGCGAAGUUGGUCUCGUCUUUAUCUGCAUCGCCGUUGGAUGUAUUUUCGCCAUUAUCGGUUAUGGCUCAUUACUGUACUUUGUGAUCACCCCACGGAUCAAGAAGGUCGGCAUGGGCCCACAGGAGAACGUUCUCUUACCUGGUUUACCUAUAUCCUUCGGUCCUCCCCUUGGCUUAUUUAUGUUUGCCUGGACAGCCAGGGCUUCUAUUCACUGGAUCGUCCCUACUAUUGGCGUCACGAUCUAUGCUGGCUCAAUAUUCACCCUGCUGCAGUGUAUGUUCCUCUAUAUCCCACUCAGCUACCCUAAGUAUGCUGCCUCUCUAUUCGCCGCAAACGACUUCUUCCGCAGUGCACUGGCCAGCGGCAGCAUUCUCUUCGCACAUCCUCUAUAUCAUAAUCUUGGGUUUGCCAAAGGCACGAGUGUCCUCGGUGGCUUAAGCAUUAUUGGUAUCAUAGGGAUGUUCCUGCUGUACUUCUACGGUGCCAAGCUCCGAGCUCUCAGUCGGUUUGCAACCUACACGAAGGAUUAA